AUGUAUAUCGCCGCAGUGGGACAGCUGCUGCUAAUCCUCCUCGUUUCGGCUAUGUUCGCGUCCAGCUGGGCAGCGACCAUUGUGCACACGCCAAAGGCUGGGCAGGCGGCGGGCAGCGCCAUCUCCCAUCAAAGCUUUGUGCGGCUGUCGACAGCGCCGCAGCCGCAGCUAAUCCUGGCCACGCCCACUGUGCGCAUUGUCAAUGCAAAGGUCAACAAAGGGUUGGAGGUUCCGGAAGUGCACCACACACCGGCGCAUCUCACCUACGCCGCCCAUCCGGUGGUGCAUCAGACGCUGCCCCGCAUCAAGCCCGUGCGCAACAUAAGCUACGCCUCGCUGCGGGCUCAGUCCCACCCACUCGCACACACACACGCACACACGCAGCUUCAGUUAGUUUAGUUCGUGUUUUACACAUUUCAA